AUGCGGUGUACGGAUGGUUUACCGGACAAAAAAGCAACAGGCCUGACACCGGUGGGUAAGUUGGUCUUCGCUGAUUGGCUCUAGUUUGUGCUUUUGCUCCUUUAUAUCAUUCUGACAGUGAGGUAAGUCGUUUACUCUGGUCAAAACACUUCAGACAGUGCGGCCUUACCAAACGCAUCUGCCUGACCCUUAAUUACUAAGAACGGUCAUAUGUUAACGCUCCCUCUACUAGAAAACGAGUAACUAAUUUUUAAAGUAGCGCAAUUUCUCAGGCGGUGUAGUUAGGCUUCAUGCAUACCGGAGAAGAGGGAGAAGGUUUCAUAGAUGAAAGCAUAUGUGUAAAUCGGUAGCGUCGAUCGCAUUAUUUGAUAUUAAAACUUUACUAACCGUCUACUCAUAGCUGAAGUCUGCAUAAAAAUUUAUGGGACCAUUCUGUAACAACUGUUAUGUUGCGUAAAUUUUGUGAAGAUUAUAUCCUGUACUCUUCUGCCAAGAGAUGGUGAGUAAAAUACUAGAUAAAAGAAGGAAACGAUAAAUUUAUGCUUACAUUCACCAAAAUUAGUCUUGCAAUGCUGACGCGUACGUUAAUUAUUUAAAUAGACUUCAUUCGGCGUUUCAACGCCGUUAUGUUUCUCGCAUCAUCCGACGUCCAGAAGGCGUAUGUAAAACAAUAAUACCGUCCAGAGUGUUCAGUUCCAAGACUCUAGGCUGUAUGACUAGUACUCAUUCUUUUACCUUUAAGCCCCCGUGGUUGCUGUAAAAUUAGAAUUAUUGCCCAUAAUAAUUUGCAUAGGCCGCAUUGCACCCUAACAGUUCAUUUGAAAAUCCCUCAGCCGAAUAAGUUCCAUGACGCAGAAUAUAGCGCCAAACUCGACAGAUGGGGAAGGGGAAUACAAGCAAGAGUAUUCGCGUCAGAUUGCCGAGACUGCAAACUAACAGAUGACAACGCCAGUCAACCCUUCGCUUCCACUUCUGCCGCUAAUUCACACCUUGUCAGCCCCAACCAGAAUUAAUUCUCCACGUGCACCAUAUAACAUUCCGUUCGACCACUUUUCUGGCCGCCACAAUUUAUACGUGCACACUCGGGAACGGUAGAAAUCGGUCGCUCUGUAAAGGUCGCCCUCCGAUGCAAAUGUACCAGUCAGGUCGCUGACCUUUUCAGACGUCAACAAAUGUACUAAAUGGGCGUAAGGCAAAGUUGUUACGGACAGAGUUUGGAUGCUGCUGAUUCACUCUGAGGGGGGGGGUAGAGGGGGGAGUACGCAAAGGUAAGAAAAACAACAAUUUGAUAACUGGACGAAUGUGAAUUUGCCAAAGGCGUGCAAAGUACACGUUUGGCCAUUGGGGAGACAGGAUUGGUCAGUUUAGGGCAGUUGCGGAUGGUGUUAAUAUCUUCCCGCCACUACUACCACUGCUGACGAUGACGGAGAUUUUAUUUGCAAAGAUAGCGACGCCCACAGUACCGACGGUAGUUGUAAAAAUGAGAAAAAGAAGAAGAAGAAUAAGAUGACGCUGACAAUGGUGAUGAUGGUGAUGAUGAUGAUGAUGAUGAUGAUGAUGAUGAUGAUGAUGAUGAUGAUGAUGAUGAUGAUGAUGAUGAUGAUGAUGAUGAUGAUGAUGAUGAUGAUGAUGAUGAUGAUGAUGAUGAUGAUGAUGAUGAUGAUGAUGAUGCUGUCACGUUAAUACCAACCGUCAUAAUCUUGACAACUUGCCUGCGAUGUCAAUUUGGAUGAAGUUGAGGACGAAGACUAAGGUGUUAUUGAUUAUGCUCGCAAUAAUUUUGGCGAUGAGUCCAUCAUUAAUUUUUGUGCUGUUGAUAAUGAGGAAGAUACUACUGAAAAUUAUAAUUGGGAAGAGCAUUUGGCAAGCAUACGCGUGCUUUCGAUAAAUUCUCAUCAGGCUUGUACAUGUAUAUGGGGACGAGGUACAAACUGAAACGUGUGAGCGAUAAGAGCACUCGAUUACGGUUCGUCUUUUUAUGCAAACGGGGUAUGUGAAUAGAGGGGGGGGAGGAGGCAGUGAAAGUGAGUGUUAAAUAGAGUCGUGUCACAAGGGGGAGGGAGAAGGGACGGAGCGCGGAGAAGUGCGUACAGUUAAUCGAUCCAGGCCCAGAGCAGACGCGGAGCGUGCAAGAGGUUCUUCUGCGCACUAAUGGCGUUGGUGAGGAUAAUGGUGAUAAUCAUAAUGGCCCUGAUGCUAUCGGUGGUGGGAAUGCUCGGGUCCCUAUUAAUAACGGCAGUCGUACUGACGAUGUCGAUCGAUGUGAGGACAGCCGUGUUGGUGGUGGUGGUGGUGAUGAUGGUGGUGGUGCUGUAAGUAUUGCAUAAUGACGAAAAUGAUUGUAUUCAUUCUGACUAACUUUGUCAUAGCCGAUAGGAUAAGAUGACUACAGCGAUGGUACCUAUAAAGAUGAUGAUUAUGACACUGAUGUCAACGCAGUAGUAGAAGUAGUAGUAUUAGCUCCAGCAGUCCUCCUCCCCCUUCUCCUCCUCCUCCCCCUCCGCCUCCUCCUCCUCCUCCACCACCGCUGCCCCAACGGCGGCCGCUCAGGCAGCCGUCUCGCACAUCACCAACCGCGACACAACAACCGGCACAACCCCCGCCUCUCCCGACUCCAGCAAUGAGAAUCAGGACUACACCUGCCCUCACUGCGAUCGCAUCUUCACCUCACGUAUCGGCCUGGUCGGUCACUUGCGAAUUCAUCGCACAGAGACCGGCGAACCAGUGCCUGGAGCACCAACCUACACCCACCGCACUCGCCUCCACUGCCCACACUGCCCUCGCACCUUCACGCAUCGCAUGGGUCUAUUCGGCCACAUGCGCAUCCAUGAGAGCGAAAUUUACCACAAUUCCGACACGCCAACCACGCCCAUCAUGCCCAGCACCACCCGCGCACCGUCCAUCUGCGCCACCACCAACGCCUCCUUUGUAGCUGAUUCUGACACCGCCGACUUCACAUGCCCACACUGUCCACGCAUAUUCACCUCUCGCAUCGGCCUGGUCGGUCACUUGCGAAUCCAUCGCACAGAGACCGGAGAACCAGUGCCUGGAGCACCAACCUACACUCACCAAGGUCGUCUCAACUGCCCACACUGUCCUCGCACUUUCAGGCACCGCAUGGGCCUAUUCGGCCAUAUGCGCAUCCACGACGACCUGCGGUAG